AUGAGCAAGACUAUCACACAGAAAUCCUCCUCGGUACCUACUCCACUAUACAUUCUCCGCGGCCAUGUCUCUCCCAUCCACGCCCUGCAUUUCUUCAACAGCAACCUCCGUCUUGUAUCCGCCGAUGCGGACGGCUGGAUUAUCGUGUGGGACAUGGUAAGUAAACGAGCAGUGGCUGUUUGGAAGGCUCAUGAUGGAGGGGUGCUGGAGGUUAAGGGCUUUCAUGUUUCAUAUCCUGGAAGUGGGAGCAUGACGGAGGUCUAUACACAUGGGAGAGACCAUAAAUUACGGCUAUGGAGGUUCAGUGCCCGGGACGAAGAAAUCCUGGACAAAACUCUCCCCGUGGACCAAACUGAACGUCCUCAGUCUGAGGCAGGAACCAGGAGUCAGCCAUGGUUGCUGCAUUCUUUGGCUGUGAAUGCGUUGAACUUCUGUCCCUUUUCUAUUGUGUUUCUUAAUAGCAACAAGACGCAAGCAGAGACAGAGGAAGAGGCAGAAGCACCACGACCGGUUCUGAUAGCCGUCCCCAAUGCCCUCAAUUCGGGCGCAGUCGACAUCUUCCACCUCCCCCAUGAGAAGCGCGUCUGCACAAUCCCCGCAGCUCGCGAGGAAAUUGGAAUGGUCAUGGCAGUCAGCAUCUUUUUCAAUCCCAACUCCUCCGGGGCGUUAUAUGUGUGCUCCGCCUACGAAGACGGACACGUCAUGGUCUUCGCUUGUCGGAACCCGAGUCCUAAUUCCACGGGCUUUCAGGAAUUAGAGGAACUGAUCAAUGGUAAAAACAAUAACACACCCUGGCAAUGGGAAAGGCUGUAUUCGAACCGUCCUCAUUCUCAGCCCAUUUUGGGCAUCGACGUCUCCCCAUCGAAGGAAUACUUUCUCUCUUCUUCUGCAGAUGCCGUUUUGGGGAUGCAUCCGAUUCCUUCUUUACCUUUACCUGCCCUCUCUACUGGAUCUUUGAUUCAUGGAGUCACAGUCACUGGUGAGAGUGGUAGUAUCUCCGUGGAACAAUCUCCCUUGAAAAUAGUCAACACCAAGCAUGCCGGUCAGCAGGGUGUUAGGAUACGAUCGGACGGGAGAAUCUUUGCGACCGCAGGUUGGGAUUACAGAGUGAGGGUCUACUCAUGUAAGACGAUGAAAGAGUUGGCCGUGUUGAAGUGGCACAAGGAUGGGUGCUUUACUGUUUCCUUUGCCGAGAUUUUUGGCUCUGGUGAUGGCGAGACAGCAAGCAGUGAUAUCUCACGACAGGAACAUUCUCUCGCUGCGCUUCAACGGCAGAGAUAUCACAAGGUACAGAGUACCCACUGGUUAGCGGCUGGUUCGAAGGAUGGGAAGAUUUCAUUAUGGGAUAUCUACUAG